CGCGGGUGCUGGAAGCCUGCGUUUUAAGUUCGUCUGUCCCAUGCACAUUUGCGACCUUUGUGGAAAGGGGCGCGAGUCUGGGAACAACAGAAACCAGCUCUUCCCGUGCUGGCUCUGUCCCAGGGCCUACCACCUGAACUGCAUCCCCCCGGCAUGCAAGUACCACGAGUACCUCCUCCUCUGCCCCGAGCACUCCGAGGAGAUAGACCUCCCCCGCCUCCCAGGCUGGGACGAGGAACUGGAAACCAAGAGUGUCGUCCGGUGGGAAGUUAGCGCGAGAGAGGGAGGGGCCACGGGGGGAGAGGGCGGGGGCCGGCUAUCGAUCGCUCUGGCCUCUUUGCUGCCCCCUCGACACCUUCCUGCAGCUUUCCGCCUCCCAACCGUGCUUCUGGACGCCGUGAACAGCAAGCCGAAGCCAUACAGCCACAUCUCCUGCCUCAAAUACCAGUGUAAAGUGCCGGAGAGGGAGCCCGGCCCGGAGUGUCAGUGCGAAGGCCAGUGCGGGGAGGGAUGCCUGAAUCGGC